GCCACCUAGUUGAGAAUGGUUCUGCGGUUGCGAAUUUCUUCUUGUCGAGAACAUCACUUUGCAUUUAUUUAAUUUAAUCAAUUACAACCAUGGAGGACGAAGCUUGGCAGGAUCUUGUGGGCAUCAGCGCCGAUCCGCCCGAUCGACGCGACAAGUGCGAGAAGUGCAAGUGAGUGGUAAAACGACCCGCGGUGGUUUGCUGGUGUCCUGCACUGCCGCAUCCACCAGAGGCGGUGGCCUCGCAGAUUGUGAUCCUGCAACAUCCCGCCGAGGAGAAGAGAUCGUUGCGCACAGCUCUGAUGCUCCAGUUAGGCCUGGAGCCGGGGAAAUGUGUGGUCUACAAGGGCAAGCGUUUUCCCAACAAAAACCACGCUGACCUGCAGGGGAUUCUCGACUCGCCGCAGACGCUACUCCUGUACCCCAGCCGGGAUUCGGUACCGCUGGAGGAGGUGGACCACAGCGCCGGUCCCUACACCCUGGUGCUCAUCGACGGCACCUGGCCGCAGGCCAAGGCAAUCUACGCCAGCAGUCCUGCGCUGCACCGCCUGCGGCAGGUGAAACUCAUCGCGGUGGGCGUCAGCGACUACAUCAUCCGCACCCAACCCACGGAGGGAUGCCUCAGCACCCUGGAGACGGCGGCCCAGUGCCUGGCCGUGCUCGAAUCCCGGCCAGAGCUGCGACAAACGCUCGUGCGACCCCUGCACACGCUCUGCCAGUUCCAACUGGACAACGGGGCCGUGGAGCACCAGUCCAAGGAAUUCCUGCUCAAGAACAACCAGUACCCCAAACCAAUUGGCAAGCGGCUGAGCCGCCUGCUGAGGAACACCACGUGCGAUGGCAGCGAGGAUACGUGAUAGUGGGAGCAGGAAAACAAAGGAGCAGUUGCUUGUGCUAG